AUGGGUCGUCUCACAGAAUACCAGGUCAUUGGCCGCCAUCUGCCCACCGAGGCAAACCCAGCGCCCAAGCUGUACCGAAUGAGAAUCUUUGCACCAAACACCGUGGUUGCAAAGUCUCGUUUCUGGUACUUCUUGAUGAAGCUCCGAAAGGUCAAGAAGGCGAACGGCGAGAUCGUUAGCUUGAACAUGAUCCACGAGAAGCGCCCAUUGAAGGUCAAGAACUUUGGCAUCUGGAUCCGAUACGAUUCCCGCUCCGGAACCCACAACAUGUACAAGGAGUACCGUGAGAUGUCAAGAACCGAUGCUGUUGAGGCUAUGUACCAAGAUAUGGCCGCCAGACAUCGAUCCCGUUUCCGGUCGAUCCACAUCCUCAAGGUUGUUGAACUCGAGAAGACCGACGACGUCAAGCGCCCCUACAUCAAGCAACUCCUCACCAAGGACCUCAAAUUCCCUCUUCCUCACCGCGUCUCCAAGGCAGCUGGCACGAAGCUCUUCGUUGGCAAGCGACCAUCAACCUUCUACUGA